AUGGCGUGUCUCUCAGGCGUUGUUGUUCCCGUCUUUUUGGACACCGACACCGACGCAUCCCACCUACUGCGCCAAUGGGUGCGCGUCUAUCACUACGGGCACAUCUACAUGCCCGCCCUCGGGGUCGCAACCUCUGGUCUCUACGCCUACACAGCCAUACGCAACCGCGCGCAUCGCCAGACCUACACCCUGGCCGCGCUGACCACAAUCGCAAUGGUGCCCUUCACUUGGAUCUUCAUGGCACCGACCAACAACACCUUGUUCCAUCUGGAUGGUUUGGCCACGGCCGGUACCUCGGUGGCCGAGCUUGGGGCUGUGCAGGAGAUAUUGAUCCGGUGGUCCUGGUUGCAUUUGUUCCGCCCCAUCCCCAACCACCUCCUACCAUUCGUCAUAUUCCAACCCAACGGACUCGACCCAGACCACCUCCACGACCACACAGAGAGAACCAUGGGACACGACAGCCAAAUAUUUGCCCAAGACGACUCCUUCUGGCAAAACUACCUCAAAGGCCGUCCCCAAGCGCCCCCGUCCUUCUUCUCCCGCAUCUUCGAUUACCACUCUGCCCACAACGGCAGCUUCGAUGUUGUUCACGACGUCGGUGCUGGCAACGGGCCCUACUCCCGCACCCUGCGCGCCCGUUUCUCAACAGUCAUCAUUUCCGACAUCGUCUCGCAGAAUGUCUCCCUCGCGCAACAGCGCCUAGGCACAGACGGGUACCGCUACCGCACCGCCUCCGUGGAAGACGCCGCCGAUAUACCCGCAGGCAGUGUGGACAUGGUCUUUGCGACGAAUGUGAUGCACUUCCCGGCGGACCAGCACAAAGCCAUGUCCGCGGUUGCGCACCAACUGCGCCCGGGUGGCACGUUCGCCUGCGGGACGUUCGGGCCAGCGCGGUUCGAGGACCCCGCGGUGCAGGACCUGUGGCAGAGGAUUAGCUAUGAAGGAGGGAGGCAGCUCCUCGCCAAAAAGGGUGGGGAGGAUCCUGAGGAGACGCUCCGGGUGAUGGCGCGGACUGGGCAGGUAAAUUUCGCGCCCUUGGAUGAGGCACUGUUUGAGAAAGGGGCGUUGCGGGUGCAUUUCAAUUGGGGGCAUGGGGGAAUUGUGGGGUUGUUGCCGCCAGAAUUGAAUUAUAAAGGGGAGAACAGCUUUACAGGGACAGCGGAUCGGGUGAUGUUUGAGGAGGACAAGGGAUGGGGGUUUGAGAAGGAUUUGGCGGGGGUGAAGGAGCAUAUCUGCUCGUUUCCCUUUGUUGCAGAGAAUUUGGAGGCGUUUGGGGAGUUGUUUGCGGAAUUGGAGGAGCUGUUGAAGAAUGGGAGGGUGGUCAAGGGGCAUUUUCCUGCGCAGCUGGUUUUGGCGACCAGACGAUGA